AUGAUUCGGAAAGAAUUCCGACGUCAAGGCCAAGGUCUUCUUCAAAUCCCCUAUAGACAGUUUUGUAUGCCGACGUUCAGGGUGAACGCCCGAAUUUUUAGGGAAAUUUCUAUAUUGUAUUAGGCACUAAUGUCUAGUUUGUUGUCCAGCUCCCGCAUUUUCCAAUUUCUUAGAGUAAAAUUGUAUUGUAGUAGGCACAAACGGAGUAAGUUUCACCUUCUUUAGAGGAUUUUUUUUUUCCUAUUUUAGAAUGUAGUAUCAUAGUUAUCAGACCAAGUAGUGUAGAAGAGUUGGCAAAAGUAUAGCAAUAACUUUUAGGGUUUUAGGUGAAAUUUUGUGUUUUUUAGACAACAUUUUUAGUGUUUACAUCUCGUUCUAUUAUGUUUUUAUACAAUUUAAAAUUAACAUGAACGGUAUUUGUCUUAGCGAUCCAUAAAUGGGUCGAAAUCAUCGGCUUCUUGAGAGUCAGCAGAUAUUUCUCAUGAUCAAAAUGUAAGUUUUUUAAAAAAAUUUUUUAAUGUGGAAUCUGCCUUUUUAGAAAGGAGGUUUGGGUCUUUACGAACAUAAUAAUUUCGACGGAAGCAUCAGCCUGAAAGCGGAGCUCGUGAUCGUCGACUUCGUCAGAACCAGAGACCAAGGAUUCAUUCUACAAUCUGAUACAGAAUGGCCUUGUUAUCCUGAUGUGAGGAUACUUCUGAUGGGGAUGAGCAGGGCGAAGAGAGGACAAAUGAUUUUGGCAUGUGUCGACGAUAACAAAGCUCGUCUCUUUAUUAUCGUCGACACUCCAGAGCUUUCCUCUUGUGCAAGACUUUGGACCACCUCAGAGAAGCCGAUACGAAGGAUUCUUCCAUCUUCGUCGACACCUCUUAGGUAUGUUGUUUAAGAAUGAAUUUUUAUUGGUUUUUAGUUCGAGGAUUACAGUGAAAUAGUAUUCCAGGAGAUCAGAAAGAUAGAAGGUAA